UGAUGGUCUCUUCAAUCCUUUUAAGAUGGAAAAUUUUAAUUCUGAGUGGAUUGAAUUUGAACUUGUUAUGGCUGUAUGUCGCUGGACAAGUGUGUUUUGAUGAUCUCUUUCCAGUCUUGGUGUGCGUUCAAGUUUUUAAUUGCUCGAACGUCCACUGUGCACCAUGUGUUUGACAGAAUGUUUGAACCAAGGUCCGAUUUUGAGUCGCUUCGAAUGCGUGGUGAUCGGGUUCGCUUAAUGAUCUUUCACUAACGUUUUUUGCCGCCAUGGUUCAAUAUGCUUUUUUUAUCCUUUUUGAGUCCUGUCCGGUGCCUCCUCAUGAACCGGGGACUCUUGAAUACUGAUUUUUUACGAUACUUGACUGCACUUUACUGGUAUUCCAUUUUGUAUGUUACGCAUCAUUCUGGAUUCAUAAUCGAGGGUGGACGGUGGUCUGGCGACUUGCAGGUGUUAGACAGUGGUGAAAUUUCUCAUAGUGCUUGAGAUGGUGGUCCAGAAGAACUCCCAGUAGUUCUGGCCGGGCACUUCUGGACAAAUGUGUAGCGAUGAGCUCAACUAUAGUUCCUGACCAGCAUCAUCAGUCCAGCAGCCGAUCCAGCCUCGGUUCUGAUGGGGCUGCAUCUCCUUAUGCAGGAAGUGAAGAUAGCCAUUUUCGUAGAGCAAAAGACGAAUUGCAAUCAAUGGUCAAAAGCCAUUUGAAAAGCCUUUUGAGAGAAAUUGAUUUAGGUCAUGGUGAGUUUAAGGAAAUAGCGAGGUGUUCCACUCAUACUGUAUUGGCUGCUUGUGGCCUUGAGCACAGGAGGAGCGAGGUCUACACGAUCCCUCUGCGAUCCUUUUAUUCCCGCAUAGACAAAAUGGCAACUGGACAGACAAUUCUGAUGAGAGGAGUUUGCUCAACAUGUUUUGAUGUUUUCGUUAGAGAUGUAACCCAAAACAUAAUGUACACAAGACUACCAUUGCGUUGGUUAAGCUUAGGUCUUUAUGAAUUGAUAAACGUGGGCUGCCAUUUUUUGCACGUCCAUCCUUCUUUUUGGGGGGAUUUAGAUGAGAAGUAAGGGGAUUUUUGUCCAUACUGAUAACUGUUCGUGGUUCCAAGAGGAUCCAUUUUUCUGUGAUUACAUCGAUGAUAUUUAUUUUUCAGUUGAA